UCCCGGCUCAGCAGAAAACUUCCACCUCCGACCAGGGAGACGAACAGAGGAUACAAGCGGAUGCAGACUCCAGUCUGAGGCAGAGCAGCCGGGCUAGGACUGGAGAAGGGGAGGUGACUCUCCCGGGGCCGAAGAAGAGAAGACGAAGGCCCCGGGAAAUUCAGAGGGCCUGGGGUGGAGAGUCCUGCCUUCUUCUCAGGUGCCCACAGAGAUUAUUUUGCUCGGUCCUCGGGUGGCGACCGGGCUCCGAUCACAGGUCAAGGAACAGGAGUAAUAAAUGGGUGGGCGUGACUGACUGGCUGGCUGCCCCUCUCCGCGUCACUUGCUGGGAGCUCCGGAUUACCGGGAAAACAGCCAGGAUCCCUGCACAACGGACCUGGGCUUCGUCGAAGGAGUUCCCCCUCCAAGGCUUGGAGCACCGGAGACGGGACGGAGAGAGCAUGAGCACCGCAGGCAAAGUGAUCCGCUGCAAGGCAGCCGUGCUCUGGGAGCCCAAGAAGCCUUUCUCCAUCGAGGAGGUGGAAGUCGCUCCCCCCAAGGCCUUGGAGGUCCGCAUCAAGAUUGUGAGUUCGGGAAUCUGCCGCUCGGACGACCACGUGGUAACUGAAUCACUGAAGGUCCCCUUUCCGGUGAUCCUGGGCCACGAAGCGGCUGGAAUUGUGGAGAGUAUCGGAGAAGGGGUCACCAGUGUGAAACCGGGAGACAAAGUAAUUCCUCUCUUCACUUCGCAAUGUAGAGAAUGCAACGUUUGCAAGCAUCCCGAGGGCAACUUCUGCCUUAAAAGCGGUCUGGAAGCCCCGAAUGGAGUCAUGCAGGACGGCACUACCAGAUUCACCUGUCGAGGCCAAGCCGUCCACCACUUCAUCGGCACGAGCACCUUCACGGAGUUCACCGUGGUCCCCGAGCACUCGGUGGCCAAGAUCGACGCGGCCGCCCCGCUGGAGAAAGUCUGCCUGAUCGGCUGUGGCUUCUCCACCGGCUACGGCUCCGCCAUCAAAGUGGCCAAGGUGACCCCCGGCUCGACCUGCGCCGUCUUCGGCCUCGGGGGGGUGGGUCUGUCGGUCAUCAUGGGGUGCCGGGCGGCCGGGGCGGCCCGCAUCAUCGCCGUGGACAUCAACAAGGACAAGUUCGCCAAGGCCAAGGAGCUGGGAGCCACCGAAUGCGUCAACCCCCAGGACUUCAAGAAACCCAUCCAGGAGGUGCUGGUCGAACUGACCGACGGGGGCGUGGACUUCUCCUUCGAGGUCAUCGGGCGGCUGGACACCAUGGAAGCGGCCUUUGCAUCCUGCCACGUGGGCUACGGAGUCAGCGUGAUCGUGGGGGUCCCCCCCGGGACCCAGCAGCUCAGCUUUGACCCCAUGCUGCUCUUCAGCGGGCGCACCUGGAAGGGGGCUGUUUUCGGAGGAUGGAAAAGCAGAGAUUCUGUCCCCAAGCUGGUGUCCGAUUUCAUGGCCAAGAAGUUUGCUCUGGAGCCGCUCAUAACCCACGUCCUCCCUUUCGCCCAAAUCAACGAAGGCUUCGACCUGCUCCGCGCAGGAAAGAGUAUCCGCACCGUCCUGAAGUUUUAAGCCGCUACAGAACCCCCCGCCACCCCGAAGAUUUCUCCUUAACCAGGCCUGCCGGCUUUCAGAUUAUCCUACCGGAGAAGAGUGUCGAAUCGAUGAAAAACGAUGAGGAAUUCCACCUUCCGAAGCCGGACGCAGUUAAACGGGGUUGUAUUUUAUCCCUGACGGGUUUUCGCGUUCGAAUUAGAUGUCGAAAACUGAAAACGUAGGCCAUUUCAAUUUCAACAGAGAUCUCGGGGAAAUCUAAAACGAUCUCUUCUAAAAAGGGGAUUCUAAAGAGCUCUUCUGAGCGGGUGCAAUCGUGUACAAUGAGUUGUCCUUCUCUGCUUGUGAAUAAUCUCCUUUUGACUCCUUCCACCGCACCUGUGGCCUUCUGCUGGUCAAGGGCCUCGCAGUUCUCACUGCCUGAAGCGAAUCGGGUGAGGUUCUUAGGGCUUGUGCAGUGGGAGUGGGCUUCCGUGUCUGAAACCCCUGCCCUCUGCUUCUCAGAGCGUGAAAAUUCUCACAGAUCCGCAAGCCUCCUUCAAAGGGACCACCCACCCCCUCUCAGAGCAGGCAAAAGGAAAGCCCACCCAAAUUCCCAGGCUUUCAGACGGAGAACAGAAUCGAGAGAGCGGGAAUUCCCCCUGUUCAUUUGGUUUCUGCUUCUUUUUUCAAAAAUCCCUAUCGAAUCACAUUUCCGGCAACAGGAAUUUCCCUCCUGCAGCAGCUCGCUAGCUAAUCGCCCGUUGGAAAGGAUAUAAAUACCCGAUGGCUGUUAACUGCCGAAACUCAAUAAAUCAGUGGCUUGCAACCCCUUUCACGUGAA